AGACAGAUAUAGCUGACGAUGAAGAUAAAAAUACUAGUAUGACAGAAAAAAAUGUAGAAUGGCACAUUUCUCCUCUUGAAUUUGGAGAAAGUGAUGAAUGGUUUGAAGAAGAAUUGUCUUGA